GAACAAGACAGAACACUCAACACUGUUCACUCUGAUUCAGCUCCAAACACACACACAAAAACCUGAGAUCUGUCGAUCUCAUGGUGUACAAUGUUUUUCGAUGAGCAAUUCUUUUGAUUUCAUUCGAAAGUUGUAAUCUUUUUCAUAUAUAAGCAUUAUUGGAUUGAAGAGAAAAUUGAAAAGGGGGGAAAAUGAGUGGACCUUUGAUAAGUUCAAGGGCAUUUGAUUGGUAUACAGGGCAGAUGAUAAUUAUAGCCCUUUUGGUAAUGGUGGGUUCUUUUUACACUGGUACACUUUUUGGCGAAAACCCAUCUCUCUAUAUUCAUCAAGAACAGCAACAAAGUGAAAAUUUCACUGUUGAUUCCAACCCCAUUUCUUCAGAGUCAUCCUCUGGUAUUCUGAAGUUCAGGAACAAGAUUGCUCUUUCUUAUCGGGUGGUACCUCUCACUAUCCCUGAAACUGGGAUAAAUGUAUGUCCUCUGAAAUUUAAUGAGUAUAUCCCCUGUCAUGACAUUUCUUAUGUUAAAGAGUUGAUGCCAAAAUUAGAUCUUUCAAGGAAAGAAGAGCUAGAGAGGCACUGUCCUCCUCUUGACAGGCGCUUGUUUUGUUUGGUUCCACCUCCAGCUGAUUAUAAGAUACCAAUAAGGUGGCCAACUAGCAGGGACUAUGUCUGGCGGAGUAAUAUAAACCAUACACAUCUUGCAGAGGUAAAAGGAGGACAAAAUUGGGUACAUGAGAAGGAUCAGCUUUGGUGGUUUCCAGGCGGUGGAACUCAUUUUAAGCAUGGAGCUACAGAAUAUAUUGAGAGAUUAGGAAAUAUGACAACUGAUGAGACAGGUGACUUGCGUGCGGCAGGGGUAUAUCAAGUGCUUGAUGUUGGUUGUGGGGUUGCCAGUUUCUCUGCUUAUCUUCUUCCACUUAACAUAGAAACACUGUCUUUUGCUCCCAAAGAUGGUCAUGAAAAUCAAAUUCAAUUUGCUUUGGAACGAGGAAUCGGUGCUAUGAUAUCUGCUAUAGCUACAAAGCAGCUACCGUAUCCAAGUAACUCUUUUGACAUGGUCCAUUGUUCCAGAUGUCGAGUUGAUUGGCAUGAGAAUGAUGGUAUUCUACUCAAAGAGCUGAAUCGGAUAUUAAGACCAAAUGGAUAUUUUAUCUAUUCAGCUCCUCCUGCCUAUAGAAAGGAUAAGGAUUUUCCGGAGAUAUGGGACAAACUAGUAAAGCUGACUUCUGGAAUGUGCUGGAAGCUUAUUGCACAGAAAGUUCAGACUGCAAUAUGGGUUAAGCAAGAAAAUAAUUCAUGUCUUCAGCAUAAUGCUCAGGAGAAACUUGUAAACUUAUGUGAUUCUAAGGAUGAUUUGAAGCCGUCAUGGAAAACACCUUUGAGGAACUGUGUUACCCUUAGUGACACUUCAUCUUCUUUGAAGAAACUACCUCCUCGACCACAACGUCUUUCAGAGUAUUCACAAAGUCUCAGUCGGAUAGGUAUUGAUCGUGAAAAAUUCUUGGCUGAUACAAUCUAUUGGCAAGAUCAAGUUCGCCAUUACUGGAGACUGAUGAAUGUUGAGGAGAAAGAAAUACGUAAUGUAAUGGACAUGAGUGCUUCCCUAGGUGGAUUUGCUGUUGGUUUAAAUACAUGGCCUGUCUGGGUGAUGAAUGUAGUUCCUAUAACCAUGAAUGACACCCUGUCUGCUGUUUACGGCAGGGGUCUUACAGGCGUUUUUCAUGACUGGUGUGAGUCAUUCUCCACAUAUCCUCGCACUUAUGAUUUGUUGCAUGCCAAUCAUCUUCUUUCUCACUACAAAAAUCGUGAAGAAGGUUGUUUAAUUGAAGAUAUCAUGCUGGAGAUGGACCGUAUUCUACGACCUCAGGGAUUUAUCAUUAUCAGAGAUGAAGAGCCCAUCAUAUCAAGAAUACAAGCUCUUGCUCCUAAGUUUCUCUGGGAUGUCGAACUUCAUUUUCUAGAGAACCAUCAGAGAAAGACGGAGCCGGUCUUAUUUUGCAGGAAAAAGUUUUGGGCUAUUGCCUGAGGUAGUUUUGCCCGUGAUUGCUAGUCGAAAGGCAAAUGUUACUAUCUUCUGGAUUGUUCUAAAUGUCCCUUAUGCAACUACGGGAACUUCUGAUGGUUCACUUCUAUCUUUUCCUACAGCUCACGACUAACCUUGAACCGGCCAAUCCCACAUGGAUGUAGAAGCCCACGAGUCAUGAACUUCUUUACCUUGAGUAGAAGCAAUGACGGUAUCUGAGGGAUAAACAUAUUCAUUAUAUUUGUGUAACUUAUUUGUUGAAUGGUAAAUUCAUUUAUGUUUCAUAGUUAAUGUUUUCGGUUUUAUCAGUUUGCAGGAAAGCCAAUAUGUAGUUCUUAACUUUGUAAUUGUUGUAUACAUGAUAGAACAAAUUCAUU